GCCGCCGCUGUCCGCGGCGCAGCGGCCAUGGCGACGGGCCGUGGCAGGUUAAGGACCUUUGCUGCCAGGCCUAGGGAUUGUUCUGAAAUGGUAAAUGCUGGAAUUAAAAAUCUGUACUUGACACCUCCCAUAAAACUGAAACCAAAUGUGCGCAUUGAGAGCAUGCCAUCAGAAAUGCUGCUGAAGAUAUUUUCCUAUUUGGAUGCUGUGUCCCUAUUGGCUGUUGGUUGUGUGAAUAAGCGCUUCUAUGAGCUGGCCAAUGACAACGGAAUUUGGCUGAAACUGUAUUCCAGGUCUUUGCACCCAAAAUGGACAAUUUGGAAAAUGAAGCCUAAACAAACAGAAAAUGUCUCUUUGGCCUGUGCUGCUGUAAAUGAUAAAAAGCCUGGGUACUGGAAGAAAGAAUACAUCUUCAAACAAACAUCUGCCUUCAAAGCUAGAGUAAUGCGGCUUGUUAAAUUUCUAGAUCCUUAUACAGGUCUUCCAUGUAAAAACAAAGAAGCUAUGAAAGUCUCUGGGUUGAGUUGGAUAAUUGUUCUAAAGGACAAAAAUGGAAAAGAACAUGUAGUAGAGAAGCCAAAUCUGUCAUUUAAGGACACAUCUGUUACCGUACUUUGGCAUGGUAUAGACUGGCCAUGCUUAGACAUGCUGUCAACCCUAAAACUGUUUGGAGUUACACCAUUGCUUCCUGACCAAAGCAUACCUCCCAACAAGAAUGGACCUCGUCGAUUUUCCUUGAUUGCUGAGUACCAUCUUGCUAACCUGACUGAAAAUAGUGUAGUGGUUGGUGCUGAUGACCUUGUCCAGCUCUUCAGUCUGAGUCCAGGACUGUUAGUAGGAACUUGGAAGGAGAAAAAUGAAAUUGCUUUUGUUAUGGCGAAUCUUCAUUAUAAUCAACUUCUUGAGAGAAGCAUUUUGGGUUCUGCUACUGUUCAAUAUGCUCCUCCACCUAAUAAACCUUUACUGGAUGAUAUUGACUCAGAAUAUGGACUGCAUGACUACAGCCUGCAUCUUGAUCUUCAUGGCAGGAACUGCAUGUACCUGUGUGGAUCCUUCAAGUGCCUCUUCUGCAGAAAACGUGACAUUGAAAAUGGAUACCUGAGGCUCAGAGUUGUGAACUUAAAGGAUAAUAGGAAGCACUUGCCUAUUGUUGGGACACUUGGCAUAUGCUGGGAAACAGAUGUGUUUAAAGGCAAUGUAAAGGACUGCUUUGUGAUGGAUCUGACUCUCUUGGAUGAAACUGGAAAGCCCUUCUGGUGUUUUAGUGCUCCAGUCCACAUGGAAUUGUCUACCAAGUCAUCUGGCCUUUAUGACUACAUGGGUCAUAUCUAUACUGCAGACUAUGCAGAUUCAGAGGGUAGAGUCUGUGUUGAGUUUGUAUGGUUGGAAGAAACCAAGGAAUAUAUUAUAGUCAGUUUGGUGCUUUAUGUAAGCACCAAAAAGGUAAAUAGCUGGUGUGGAACAAACUACUGAAUUAAUUGGGUCACUAAUUUCCUUGCUUUAAGAACCAAACAAACAACUCUGCUACAACAAAAAACACAAUAAAACGUUGAUGCUUAAGAUUGACACCAACAAGCAAGACUGUUCCUGCAAGUUUUCCAGCAACAAGUGCAAUUGCCUAAAUUUAUUUAAUAGGCAGUUGAGGAAUUGCAGAGACAUAUUGAUAUAAGUGAGAGGUUUUCUUCUCUGUUGAACAUUACAUGGUUAGUCUGUUUCUCACUGGCUAUAUUGAAAUUAUUUUUAGGAAGAUUUGUCUUUAUAGACACUUGUUACUAUGGUUAAAGAAUUGCUUCUUUUGAGAGCCAAGCUGUGAAGAUGCCUUACCUUACAUAAGCUACACUGGUUUUGAGAGCAUUGACUUUUAUGCUUAGUAAAAAACAGCAUGUGUGCUGUUCCCUCCAGGUUUGUUUGAGUCUAAUUGGUAAAUGAGAAGUUUUGUUAAACACGUUUUGUUAACCCUUCUUCCAGAAAAACUUCACUGAAAUAUAUUUUAGAAAAGAUUGAAAGGCUAGAUGGGAAGUCAGAUCUGAAAAAUGUGUCAGUCAAGGCAUUUGUUAAGAAAGUAAUGUAAAAUCUGGUUAUGACAUUUCUUUAUAUUCCUGUUUGUUCUGUUUUCCCAUGUUCUAACAUUGUAUGAUUGACACUAGAUAUUUGCCUCACAUAUUGGCCUAGUGAAUGUAUGUAGCAUUCAGUUGUUUUGGAAACAGUGCAUAUCUGAUAUUGUUUAUCAAAAAAUAUGAAUCCAUGUAAAAAUUGAA